UUUUGCUGUCACUAUCAUCGUAUGGCGUCUGAUGGCGUCACUAUCGGCGAAUUGGAUAGUUGGAGUGCGAAAUUUUUAAACACAAAUGAAAAGUGAAGCGUGGUAAAAUGUCGAAGAACAAGAAAGAUGAAACCGCGCUUGAGUUGGACGACAUCUUAAGUCAAUCCACAACAAACUCUCAUAGGCUUGCCGCAUUCUUGCAGCGCAAGGCAGCGGAAGCCCAAAAGCCCAGGUCCAACCUCGUCUUUGGGAACUUCUCGUAUGACCUGGACUUUGAUGUUCCGCUCAUAAAGAAGCCUCAAAAGGGUACACAGGAGAACCAAUUGAAACCUUUGCAAGAGUUGGGUGCAGCAGCGUCAGAGCCCCCCGCCUCAGACGUACCACAGUCGCCUCCCAACUUGGCAUCGCAUGAGAAUGUGCCGCCGCGUUCAGUCAGACAUUCGCCUUCACCCACCCAUCGGCGUCCUCCCAGACGUAGUGGCACUGGCGGCCAUGUUCCUGGCUCUGAUAAGCUGCGACGCCAUGCAAUACAGAGGCGCUCGCGGAGCUGCGGGCGACGCCAACUCUUGCAGGACUUUGAUGAUGCAGCUAACCUAACUCGGAGCUCCUCGAGCCCAUUUCCCUUUGUGCCAGAAAUAAGCAGCACUCCAAACUGUUCUGACAAACUUCCUGAGAAUCAACCAGCGUCACAGCCACAGCCAAAGCCAGCCUCACACCCACAGCCACAGCCACUGUCGGAGCCACUGCCGAUGAGCCAAUUUUCAGCUGAAAUUGCUGAAAUUUGCGAGCAACGGCUGGCUAUGUUUGAAAAUAGUAUUCUGCAGAUGAGCCAAAAGGCGGAAGUACGAUCCUCACUGCCAGGAUCACGUCCAUUGACUCCCUCUGAGAGGCAUCGAACUUACACGAUCGAGAAGAGACCAAUGACUGAGAAACUGCAGCAAUCGCGAUCGUCGCCAAAUACUUCACACUCUAAAACGCCAUUGGUGCGUGUGAGACGACUUGAGAAUAGUAUGCCACCAGAUACCCCAAACUACCUGCACCAAUCUGAACGGGAAUCGGCACCGGUGGAGGAUUGUUUUGUACCGGAAACACAGCCCCAGCAGUCACAGGGUUCUCAGCAGAUCCAGCAGCUAGCCGAAAUUGUGCAAAAUCUAUCGAGGAGUAGCAGCGUGCUGGUUAUACCAAUGGGUGGGGCCCUUGGUCCCAAGCCAGAUGCGGCAGAGCCUUUGCCACAACCACAUUCGCCGGCUGCACCAGCAACAGAAGCAGCAGCACAAGAUGGGGCAGCAGCAUCUCCAACAGUAUCUGCUGGUACUCCGAAAUCGUGUGCGCCAGCAGUAUCUGCUGGUACUCCCAAAUCAUCAAAGUCGAAGCCCGUUUCCCAUAACAAAACACCUCAGGUUGUUGAGGACUUGGACGCAAUCAUGACCGACGAUGAAAGCGACGAACAGCCAAGCGGGUGUGCAUUGAACCUGGCGCCGGCCGGUGGUAACACUAGCAGGCGGAGUCGAAGGCGCACGCGAAACAGUCGAAAGCCCUCGGAUGACCAGGAAAGUUCCAUGAAACUGCUUAACCUCCACCGCUCCAAUCCAUCAGGCAAGACGAAGCGCAAGGGCGUCACUGCUACCAUCUUGAAUAAGGCGCCCUGUCCGGCAAUCAAUGGUGAGGCGUUUGCCAAGGAGCUGGAACGGAUGAGCAACCAUGAGAUUCUUGAUUUGCGUAAGAGAAACUCCCUCGGCAGGGUUUAUCCGCUGAACGGGAAAAGGAAGCAUAGUGCAGAGCAGCAAAAGGCUCUGGAGCAGCAAAUUCAGUGGGAGCUACUGCAAAGGAAUCUGGAAGUUGAAACGGAAACAGAAACAGAAACCGAGUCAUUGUCCAGAUCUGCAUCUGCAGAGCGCGAAGAAAUGGAUUAUAGGGAGGAGGUUAUGGCUAUGCCCCCACCAGCACCCGUCGCCUUUAAAGACAAUUCAAAAGAGCGGCAGAACGUUCGCAAACGUUCCAGACGUCGAGAGGCUCCAAUGACAGCAGAGCUGGUCAACUACAUGGAGCUCUCAAAAACCAUGGAGCUACGUCGAAAACCAUCGGGGAACUCGUCCAAACGCAGCCUUUACACCAAGGGUGACUCGUUCCGAGAAGAUGACGACUCCGUGUCGCCGGAGAAGCAGCCAAGGCUGAGUCAAACCCGCCCGGGGUCUACUCUCGGUCGUGCCAGGAGCAAGGAAAGCCAUGACGUCGUUCAGGAGGACAUUUUCAUUGUACCACCGCCGCCUCGUUCACUACGAUAUUCGCAAUGUGUGCGGGAUUUAAAUAGGUUGAGGGCAACCCCGCAGGAUUCGACUGAUGAAGACACUCCCCUCUGCCAUUUGAAGGGACAGAAUAAUAAUUUAAACGAAAUUGCUUCCCCUCCACCAGAGUUUAAUGACAAUAAUGAUAAUGAAAUGGAUGGGGCAGAUUGCUCUUCCUCGGGGCAAGCCCAACAUCGGCUCUCCAAAUCUCCACUUCCUCCAGUGGAAAGGUCGGAAUUUGAUGACCAGUCAGUGCAGAAAGCCAACAAGAAUAGACGGAGUAGACAGAGCAGACUUCAUAAAGUUAAUUCACCCUCCCCAGAGAAAAAUAAGACAACGGACACGCACAGGGAAGACCUGGCCAUCGUUUCUUCUUCAGUGCCAGGCACCACUUCCAUGACAGAUGAUCAGCCCAGCACGAGUCGGGCCGCACUGGACGCUCUGGCACGUAGAGCCAUUGAGCCGGAUCCUGAUCCUGAGCCUGAUCCUGAGCCAGAGCCUGAGCCCGAGGCUGAGCCUGAGCCCGUCUUGGAGGAGGAAGCGGUGGUGUUUAAGAAACCCAAGGCGAGGGCACCGCGUACAAAAUCAAGGGCAAACAGGGAGCUGGAAAACUUAAAGCACUCUUUCAUGCAUGACGAUGUGGAAGUGGACUCCAAUGAGACUGGCAAUCGGCGGUCAAAGCGUGGUCAGGUACCACUGAAGAACACUUGGUGCCAUACCAUGGAUCCCAUGAAGUUUGACUUCUUUCGCAAAUCGGUGGAGACAUAUGACAGGAUAAAAGCCAAACCCAAACCGUCGUCGAAGCAGUCCAGUAUGUCGAAACUGUCCAAAAUGUCUUUGUUGAAAAGGCCCCCGCUGUGCAGUAGCACGCCGAGAAUUUCAGAAGAGCCCCUAAAUGCCGUUACAGAAACGAUUGAGCCUCCAGAACCUUCUGACUGUAGUUCUCUGGGAAUCGCCCCUCUGAGGUGGGAAGAUAACGAGCAAAUAGAGCAAGUGGAAAGCAGCGAUGCCCGAAAACAAACCAAGAAACGUGGACGAACCAAAAAAAAAAGGCAAGAGUCAGCAGCGGCUGCCUCAAUGCCUCUAACUCCCGUCAUGGAAACAGAAACUGAAACUGACCCGCAACCCGAUUCCGUUCCCGAUCCAAUAACACCAAUAAAUGCUCCGACACCAAGUCCCAGCAUCUCAGAUGAGCACCAGGCUUCUUACAUGCAACUUAUGAGCUGGCUGCGAGGCCACAGUAGCAAUCAGCCAAGCUCCAAUAUGGAAGACAGCAGCGGAAGCGGGGUAGGAAAUACAGUCUCAGUUGCUAGUGAAUUACUUUUCACCAACUUGGAUGACAUUGAGUACGCUUUCUACGAAACCAAGGAAAGGGCGACACUGGGAUACAUGCGCUUACAGCCGCUGCAGAGUCGCAGAAAGAAACGUGCUAGGAGCUUUUCCCUGAAAUUUGUUGUUCUCUUUGGAAAAUUUGCAUUGGAUUGCACUGUCCCGGAUGUGGCGGAAGAUGAUCACCGCAUAUUAAAUAUCGGCGACAUGGCUGAGAUCGAGAAAGGCACCCGUUUUGGCUUUUCAAAUUUAUUGAACGAAGUGAGUGUGCUUAUGGUUAUCCGCCAUUAGACUUUCACAUGUUGCUUUUCAUAGAAAUAUAUUUUGUAAUGUAUUAAGUUUAUAAUGCGACUGUGUUGUUAUAUAGUUCGAUAAAAAGUUCGCCAGAGAAAUAUACCUUGUAAUAAUGUUA